AUGUCCGUCGUCGAUUCGUCAUCGACAUCCGCUGUCCGGACCCCAUCCUCUCCUGGGAUCCAGAGACACAGGACUCAAUCGAGCCCCGGCUCGUGCAAUGCCAGUGAGAAGACGACUCGGCGAGGCGAGGGCUCUGAAGACGUUCGCCCGCCGUGGAAGGAUGGUGUAGAAUGGAGGGUGCGAGCGUACCGUCUUGGUGUCUCUGCUGCCUACCGACCCUUAAGUGAUGAAGACAUAGAUUGGGCCCACAAUAUAGACGACAUGGAGAAGCUAUCGGCAUGGCGUUUGCGGGAUAGUCGACUUCCCACUAAUGUCGAAGUUUUCGACUUCAACGCCCCCUUCUAA